AGCUAUAGCUAAACCAGAACUCAUACAGAGAACUGCAGCUAUGUUUGUCAGUCUCGUGUUGAUGAUGUUUGUUUUCCUUGCGUCAAAUAAUGCCGAGGACAUAAAAUCUAACGAGGACAGAUCCAAAGAAGAUUCAUCUGAGGAGAUAGAUAAACUUUGGAUAAAGUACGGAGAAUUGAAGGCCGACGUUGAGGCAUUAAAAGCAAAACAUCAAAAAAAUAAAUUGGAUUCAUCAUGCGAAGAUUCCUCGGAAGAGAGUGAAGAGAAUGGAAAAUCAGAAGAUAGUACAGAGACAAACAAACAAGAUGAGGAUACACUAAAGAGGCUUUUCUUUGCAAAUAUCAUUAGACACCAAAAUGAAACCCUCGAGGAGAAGGACGAGGAAGGGUUUUCUACCUUUCCGUUCGAAGUAACAUCUGUCCAAGUUUCCAGGACUAGCACCGAAUACAGUGCGUGUACUGCUCAUAUUGAGGCACCCGAGGGGACUUUUUUUGUAUGCAGCUGGACAGAUCUUCUGGAGGGUAUAACUCCGGUUUCUCUACUGGCCAUUAACGAAUAUUCAACCAUACCAAAUCCAAAACUAUUCAGAGUUGAUGGGAAAUAUAAUGUCACCUGCUACUCAACAGCAUCGUUUCUAUUCAUGACGGCCUACGUCGACCAAAGAAAAUCUGUUUCAGUAGUUUGCGAUAUGGGAACCGAGGGCACAAACAGCGAAUUUGAGACAACAUUUAUGAAGUAUAAAACAAAUGAAAGAAUGGUUGAAAAUGAAAUGACUAAGACACAUGUUGAUUUUAAACUUUUACAAAAGGCGGGAAAUAACGGAGGAGAUGUAGAAUAUAGCAGCACAUUGUACUGGAUUAAUGGAAGUGUUUACUUAAAUGACUUAAAUGGCAGAAAUAGAAUACCUGAGGAAAAAAUUAAUUAUAUUACAUCGACAAAUAGCAAUUCAAUAACAAGAGUUACCUUUGAAACGAAAACGAACAAUGUUGCAAAUUUGCGAGGCAAUAUGAAUGUUUAUAUGAGUUUUCGGCCUACAAAGAAUAUGUCACAUGGAAUAAGAUAUAGGAUGAGCAUGCCCGCAGAAAAUUCCCUCAUUUAUGCCAUCCUGAAAGGAGAAAUGGCCUUUAAGGAGAUAUCCUCCUCUAAUUUCGUGUACGGUAAAGUUGGCUCUGUUACAUGCCGGGUUGUAGGAAAUCCUUUGCCAUAUAUAGAGAUUGUGAAAAACAACGGCAACCAACAAGAAAAACUGACUUUGUCCUAUACAUAUUAUAAUGGGAUAUAUCUUACGGCAUCUAAAGUAUGGAACAAAGUGGAUAACGAUGUUGCUGGAAAUUAUACAUGUAAGGCCAUUUCCGGUCAGGAGAUUUUACAGACCACUUUUAAAAUCGAUGUGGCCCCUGUGGCGUCAAUAGAGAAUACAGCUAUUAGUAAAAAUGGAAAUGUUGUGACGGUUACCAUUCAGGCAUCGUCUUCUGGAAAUGGAGACAUAAUUAUGAUGUGUACUGAAGAAAACUCUGAGGGGACAUUAUUGUUAUCAGAGCGUUAUAAACAGGAUGUUCCUCAAUAUGAGGGAAUCGAGGAUAGUCUAGACAGUAGGCUAGAUUAUUACAGAUCAAUGGUUAUUGGGUUUUCUAAAUCUCGACGGACGACUACUGAUAACGUAACACAAAUGACAUUCACCAUUGUCUUAGAUCCUACGAUGGAAAUAAAUCCACCAUCCCAAAUGGCAUGCACGACAUCGGAUCCUGUCGUUCCUAUACCUGUGAAAUGGGUCCUAGUGCCUCUUAACAUCACUGCAGAAAAUUAGUUAUAGGAUGUGUGUUUAGAACACAAAUGUAAGGGACAAAUGCGUCUUUUUACAGCCCUCUUAAAGGCCUUGAUAAAUGUAAUAUGAUUUAGGGAUUUUAAGUUUUGAAUUUAUAUUUUUUAAAAAGGGAUACAAAAAAAAAAAACAGUUUAACUUAAUGUGUACAAAGAUGGCUCAGUUCAUGAUGUAGUGUUCCUUUUAUCAUACAAAAAAUUGUUUAAAAUUGUAUAAAUUUGUAUUUUAA